UGUGACGUUUACUACACUUCCGGUUUCCGAAAGCAAGGCUAUUGUGAAAUAUUUAACAUUAAGAACGCUUUGGAAAACUACUAAAUAUAAUAUUUAGUUAUGAUACAAACAUUUCUUCUACUAUAAUAUUUAGUUAUGAUACAAAUUUUCCUAAUGUAUUGAAUUACUUAAGCAGCAAUUUAUGAAUUGCUGAUUAAAUAAUAAAGACAAGUUCAGAAGUUUUUUCUUCACAAUGAGUUCGGGCAGUCAGGUUGAAGAAUUGGUUUUUCCAAACUGUGAAAAUGCCAGUGAAAAAUACGAAAAAUUGGCCAAAAUUGGCCAAGGAACAUUUGGUGAAGUGUUCAAGGCCAGAAAUCGGGAAACUAAAGCUUUGGUUGCCAUGAAGAAAGUUCUGAUGGAAAAUGAAAAAGAAGGGUUUCCCAUAACUGCUAUCCGUGAAAUAAAAAUCUUGCAACUUCUUCGACAUGAGAAUGUUGUCCAACUUAUUGAAAUCUGCAGAACCCGGGCUGGACCGUAUAACCGAUUCAAGAGCACCUUCUUUCUCAUCUUCGAGUUCUGUGAACAUGACCUUGCUGGCUUGCUGAGUAACGCCAACGUCAAGUUCACGUUGGGCGAGAUUAAGAAGGUGAUGCAGCAGCUGCUAAACGGUCUGUACUUCAUCCACAGCAACAAGAUCCUGCACCGCGACAUGAAGGCCGCCAACAUUCUCAUCACGAAGAACGGGGUCCUUAAACUGGCAGACUUCGGGCUUGCGCGCGCUCUCGUCAGCAAAGGGUCCAAUCCGAAAUACACAAACAGAGUGGUGACACUGUGGUACCGCCCACCGGAGCUGCUCCUGGGGGAGAGGAUGUACGGGCCGUCGAUCGACGUUUGGGGGGCGGGCUGCAUCAUGGCGGAGAUGUGGACUCGCAGUCCCAUCAUGCAGGGCAACACUGAGCAACACCAACUCCAGCUCAUCAGUCAGCUGUGCGGCUCCAUCAGUCCCGACGUGUGGCCCGGCGUACACAAGAUGGAGCUCUACGACAAACUCGAACUUCCCAAGGGACAGAAGAGAAAGGUCAAGGAGAGGUUGAAGCCGUACGUCCGCGACCAGUAUGCCCUUGACCUUCUCGAUAAGCUCUUGUGUCUUGACCCAUCUAAGAGAAUGGACUGUGACAGUGCACUGAACCACGACCUGUUCUGGACUGACCCGAUGCCAACCGAUCUGACACCCAUGCUGUCACGCCACACGACCUCCAUGUUUGAGUACCUGGCACCCCCACGGAGACGUGGACCGAUCCACCCACAAGCUCCAGCUCAUAAACCCGCACACAACCCAGAUCAGCAUUUUGAAAGAGUUUUCUGAAUUCUACCGCCAUCUUGAUUACAGAAAGAUUUAAAGUGACAGACCCUAGUUUGUAAACACUACAAAAUAUAUAUAGACGUUUUUGAUCACUGAAAUCAAACAUUACUUAGAUUUUAGUGUUUCUGGUCAUCCUGGUGUUUCUAAUACCACAA